CGCAAAUUUUCGCCGAGAACGGCGGCAAGAUGAAUAGCGUACACAUCGCGUACGAAAUCGCGCCUUGUUUGCCUAGCGGAAAGUGAGAUCGGAACAGUGGUUUGUGUAUCUCUCGAGAAUAAACAUUUGCUGAGGUCAGGGACGCGAAACGAUCGAAUUGUCCACACGCAAAACGCACCGUAGCCUCUACAACUUGGAUGCACCAAGAUCGUAAUGCGACGAAUUUGAUUGCGACGCUCAAUUAAAUUUCGCUUCACCGCAAGCGUUUUGACGAAAUUGAUUCGCACUCCCAGCUAUAAGUGAACGACAAGCGGCGUGUGUGUUUGCGCUAGUGCCUUUAAGAGUGUUUUUUCUGCGUUCAUUCACAGAUGACCCGAUAUAAACAGGCUCAGUUUGCCGAUGAGGAUAGCAGCAGCAUUGGUUCAAUACAAAUGAAUGAAACCACGCGAAGUCCGUCGAUGCACAUUCGUUACCACACGGCCAGAGGGACAUCACUAUGGCACGCUCGGAGCAAGCUCGAAAAGGUACUCAUUGUACUGAUGUUGAUAUCGGUACUGACAAUUGUCGUGCUGAUUGGACUACUGACAACCGAGAACACUAGGAUACUGCACGUACAGCCCCAUGUGGACUCCAACAUGUACAAAGAUGGCGACGUAACGCUGCCUUGCUUGAACAAGCAUUGCGUUUUCGCAGCGAGCGAAAUCCUUCAUUCGAUUGACGACUCUGUGAACCCAUGCGACGAUUUCUAUGGCUACGCCUGCAACCAGUGGAUCAAAAAUAAUCCCAUCCCCGAUGCGAAAUCGAUGUGGGGCACUUUCGGUAAACUGGAGCAGCAAAAUCAACUGGUCGUUAAGAAUGUGCUCGAGCGACCCGAGGCAGAAUUCAAAUCGAAAGCUGAAAAGAAGGCGAAACUUUAUUACCAAUCAUGUCUGGAUGAGGACGAAACGAUGGAGAAACUUGGCGCGGAACCGUUGCUCAAGUUGUUGAGGAAUAUCGGAGGAUGGAAUGUGACUGCGAAUGCCAGUGGUUUUCAGGUGAGCCAAUGGUCACUGCAAAAGACGCUGCAAACGUUGCAGAUUAAGUACAACAUGGGUGGGUUAUUCGGAUGGGCGGUUGGGGAGGACGACCGCAAUUCUAGUAAACAUAUCAUACAGAUCGAUCAAGGUGGGCUCACGUUGCCAUCGAGGGACAACUAUCUGAACAAAACCGCAAACGCCAAAAUCCUUACAGCCUAUUUAGAUUACAUGACCAAGGUAGCGGUUCUUUUGGGUGCUGACGAAGCGGAUGCUCGACGACAAAUGGCGGAUGUUAUCACGUUCGAAACGGAAUUGGCCAAUAUCACUACUCCUCAGGAUAUGCGCAGGGAUGAGGAAGAAAUGUACCAUUUGAUGGAGGUCACGACGCUACAGGAAAAGGCGCCGUUCAUAAAUUGGCGUGAUCAUUUCGAGGAAGCGUUUCGGCUGGUGAAAAGGAAAAUCACAGAAAAAGAGAAGGUUGUCGUGUACGCUCCGGAAUAUCUACAAAAGUUAAAUGUACUGAUAAGCGAGUACAAUUCAACAGAUGAGAAGAAAACCAUCCUGAAUAACUAUUUGGUCUGGCAAACAGUGCGAACACUAACAGCUUGCCUAUCGAAAGCUUUUCGGGAUGCAUACAAGGGGCUUCGAAAGGCAUUGAUUGGAUCCGACGGAGGCGAGGAACCUUGGAGAUAUUGUGUGAGUGACACCACAAAUGUUCUGGGAUUUGCUAUUGGCGCUAUGUUUGUGCGAGAAGUAUUUCACGGAGAGUCAAAGCCACGGGCGGAAGAGAUGAUCAACGAGGUUCGUUCCGCGUUCAAGGAUAACCUGAGGGGUUUGGUUUGGAUGGAUAAUGAAACGCGACGGAUGGCAGAAGAGAAGGCUGACGCCAUUUCUGAUAUGAUUGGAUUUCCCGAUUACAUCCUUAAUCCAGAAGAACUUGACAAGAAAUAUCAAGAGUUGUCAAUCGAUCCGAAGAAAUAUUUUGAGAACAAUCUGAAUUUCAACAUUUAUAGUUUGAGGAAAAAUCUCGAAAAACUCGAUCAACCGGUUAACAAAACUCGCUGGGGAAUGACACCACCGACUGUCAAUGCCUAUUACACUCCGACCAAGAAUCAGAUUGUGUUUCCCGCAGGGAUUCUCCAAUUACCCUUCUUCGAUAUGAAAAAUCCCAAAAGCCUCAACUAUGGCGCAAUGGGUGUUGUGAUGGGUCAUGAGUUGACGCAUGCUUUCGAUGACCAGGGUCGAGAGUAUGAUAAAUAUGGUAACCUACACCAAUGGUGGAACAAUAAGACUAUUGAACGGUUCAAAAAACAAACUGAUUGCUUCAACGAACAGUACAGUGCUUAUAAGGUGAACGGGAAAAAUCUUAACGGCAAACAAACUAUGGGAGAAAAUAUUGCCGAUAACGGUGGUCUUAAGGCUGCCUUCCAUGCCUACAUUAAAAACGAAAAGUUCAGCACUUCGGAAACCGACACCCUUCCACUGCCGGGUUUGAAUAUGACGCAUCGACAGCUGUUCUUCGUAUCGUUUGCGCAGGUUUGGUGCUCCGCAGUCACUGACGAAACUACAACGUUGCAAAUUGAGAAGGACCCCCACUCUCCUCCUAUGUAUAGGGUGAUUGGAUCGCUGUCAAAUUUGAACGAAUUUUCGGACACCUUCAAGUGCCCGUUGGGUUCGAGGAUGAACCCGGUUCGGAAAUGUGAGGUGUGGUAGAGUGGAACAUCUCUUCGAUUUGUUACGGAAAGUAUUAGAGUGUGAUUGCAGAGAAAAAAAAAAAGAAAUGAAAGUGUUAUUACAAUUGUAAUAUAAUUUCCUUCUUCCGAUGUACAAAAGAAUUCAGUUUUUUAGUUUAUCUAUUUUAUAUAUGUAUACUACUUUAUACGUUUCUAAGAUAAGCAUUACCAAACUAAUCCACAAUGCCAAAAUGUCCAAAGAACAUAUGUAAAGUGAAUAAAAUCACUCAUUCGGUCAAUGUCACCUAUGUUAUUGAUCUAAAGGUGCAACAGAAUUUCAAUAUAUAAUGUAAACGUA